ACGCGUUCCUAUCAAGCACGAAACAUCAAACGGACGACGGUGUCUCUGCACGGGACAUAAUAUCGUCACCGCAGGGACAAUCCCAGGCUAGACUGAGCAGACUGCUGGGGUUUAUAUAGACUCUGGGACAACAAAAUUAUGUAUAAAUAAUGUCGCUGCCCACCCGUAUGCUGAAAUUCGGAGAAGACAUAUAGCGACGAAUACAGGACUGGGAGAAAUUGUACCGAACAGUCGUCUCCGGUGAUCCAGCAGCAGUUUCAACGGGAGUACUACGCGCAGCCACAAGCCUAUCAGAAGAAGCUUUAGCACCUAGGGGUAUAUGGCACAGAUCAGUUCAAAACACCAACAGCCUCAAUCCUCCCAAGACACACCUCAGGCUCGACAGCAGAACCAGCAAGAAAGGCCACUCAAGUCUCCUUCUGAAAUGUCUCCAUUGUUCGGAGAAGUAAAAGCGAAGCUCGGCGGGAAGGGUAAAAAGCACCAAGCUCUACCCAGUGACGAAGCUGAAUUUGAGAAACUGCGUGAGAAGGAACAAAAGAAAGAAGAGAGGAAACAUGAGUAUGAUAGACUCGAAUUGGGGAAUCGGACCAAGUUCGGAAUGGGAAGAGGCGGGAUGCAGAUGGGUGGUAUGUAAUAGAAGGUGAGAAACAUGGUUGUGUAAGACCACACUACACCGGAUAUUAUGAUGAGCUUUAUGUUGAUGUUUUGAAUUCGAUGCUAUGUUGAUUAUAUACAAACCCUUGGCGACUU